CUUGUACUUUCUCCUCCUCAUCUCUUUUUCUCUGGAUCCUCUUCAAGCUAAAGGCCAUUUUUGCAUAGGGUUUAUCUGAGCUUCAUCAUUCACUCGAUAUUUUUGGUAGCUUCUUAGCAAAGCUUAACUCUUUUCUUGUUAACUGUGAUUGAUGUAGGAGAUCAUAGAAGAUGAAUAACUCAGAGAUUUAGUCACUGUGGAAAAAAGAAUCUGCAAGCAAUGGGAUCUUUUGCAGGUUCCUGCGAGAUUGUGGAAGAGAAAGAUGAAGCAACACUGUCAAAACUCUCUGGGAGACAUGGUAAAUCAGUUUUGGGAUCAUCAAGCAAUGAUGUGGAGCAGAGGAAGCAGAGAGAGUAUCAUGGUUCUCUUGAGUAUGACAUUGACAAGCUUUUUCAGUCUAUAUCUGUGAAACAAUCCUUGAGGCUGAUGACCUCUUCUUUCCACAACACUGAGACGAGCUUCAGUGCAGGUCCAAGCAGGACCACAAGCCCUUCAAUGAGAAUGGCUGGAAAGACCCCUCAAUCGCCUAGAGUUUUUGGUGUCUCUGACUCUCUUUCCUUGAAGCAGGCUUUGAGGGAUCGUUGCGUUUCCAAGGCCUCUGAAAUGGCUGCUCUGAAACGCGUGUCCAAAUCCGCAGCUGCGUCACCGAGAGUCUCUGAAGCAGACAUGAUCAAGAGUUUGUAUAACCAAGUUUCGAAUAACAGGUCUGGUUCUGUUUCUGUGGACAAGGGUAAAGGAAGCUUGGUGGAGACGUCUGUAAACAGAGAUAAAGCAAGUACUUCAAGGAGUGUAGUGUCUCAGCGGUCUGAAGAGCCUUCUAACCCCAUUUCUGAGCCGUCUCAAGCUGAGGUUAAGCCGGUGAACAAAUCCAACAAAGGAUCUUGUAGCUCUCGCAGUGGAGAUGAUCAGACACAGUUAGAUGAAAAUGUUACCUCUACUUCUACUCAAGCGUUUGUUGAAGAUGUUGUGAAAGAAAUAGGCAAACAUGUUACCUCACUGCCCGCUGAUUCUAGCUCAAGAACAGAGAAGUGCAAAACGGUACGCAAGGCAACAAGAAUGAUUCCACGUCCUAAACAGAAGCCAAAAAGGAAGAUUCUGCUUAAGAAGAAGCUAAAGAUUGGCAUUGUUUCUGUAGCUAACGCAACAAAAAAUGAUGAAGGAACUGAUGUUUCAUUACAUUCUAGUGCAAGUAAGCUCCUCUGCCAAAGAUGUCACUGUUCAUUGAAGAGCACCAGCAAAAGUAACCAACCGCCCUCAUACACUACAAGUCAUAAUCCUAAACUUUGCGCAGACAGUUUAAGCUCUAUGUCAAAUCAUGUUGGUAAAGAAGCUCAUCAAGUAGCCAAUGAGAACUCCUCUAGUUCUUGUAAUGUUAUGAAACAAAAUGUUUCCUCUAGCAAUGACAAUGGUAACGGUGCAACAGAGAAUCCAACUUCUAGUGAGAAAUUCGAAUUCUCUUUGAGUUCAAAAGAUAGUCUCGUUGGUGAUUACAGCAGGAGCACAACAAGCAUGAGUGAAGAAAGCAAUCUAAGCAGGUUUAGCUGUGGUAACAAGCCUCACAUGUCGAUGGAUGUGAAAUGGGAAGCUAUUAAGCAUGCCAAGUUGCAACACGGCUCUUUGAGUUUACGUCACUUUAACCUUUUGAAGAAACUAGGUUGUGGAGAUAUAGGAACAGUCUAUCUAGCCGAGCUGAUUGGUACAAACUGCUUGUUUGCCAUAAAGGUGAUGGACAAUGAGUUCUUGGCAAAAAGGAAAAAGAGUCCAAGGGCACAAGCGGAAAGGGACAUACUUAAAAUGUUGGACCAUCCUUUUCUUCCUACGUUGUAUGCGCAGUUUAGUUCGGAUCAUUUGUCUUGUCUGGUCAUGGAGUAUUGUCCUGGUGGAGAUCUUCAUGUUCUUAGGCAGAAGCAGCUAAGCCGGUGUUUCCCUGAACCUGCAGCAAGGUUCUAUGUUGCGGAGAUUCUACUUGCACUGGAGUAUUUACACAUGCUUGGUGUUAUAUACCGAGACCUGAAGCCAGAAAACAUUCUAGUCCGUGAAGAUGGACACAUUAUGCUUACGGAUUUCGACCUCUCACUUAGAUGUGCAGUUAAUCCAACUCUUCUCAGAUCAACUUCUCCUCCAGGGAACGAUCCCGCAAGACUUUCAGAUCCAUACAACACAUCCAACUGCAUACAACCAUUCUGUACCAUGGAACCAUCUUGCCAUGUUUCAUGUUUCAGCCCAAGGCUCUCCUCAAACCAACAACAACAAGUCCAAAAACCAAAAAGAGCUGAUCAUCUUUUGAAGAGAUCAUUGCCUCAGCUUGUGGCUGAACCAACAGAAGCAAGAUCCAACUCCUUUGUGGGAACACACGAGUACUUAGCUCCAGAGAUCAUCAGAGGAGAAGGACACGGCGCUGCGGUUGACUGGUGGACUUUUGGAGUUCUCCUUUACGAGCUUUUAUACGGGAAAACACCGUUCAAAGGCUCCAACAACGACAGGACUUUGGCCAAUGUUGUGUUGCAGAACCUCAAGUUUCCUGAUAUCCCGCUUGUGAGCUUCCAGGCAAAGGAUUUGAUCAGAGGGCUUCUUGUUAAGGAACCGGAGAACCGGUUUGGGUCAGAGAAAGGCUCUGCAGAGAUUAAAAGACAUCCGUUCUUUGAAGGAUUGAAUUGGGCUCUAAUCCGGUGUGCAAUACCACCUGAGCUUCCUGAUAUCUAUGAGUUUGGCGGUGGAGAAGGAGCUGCAGGUUCACCUGGAGGGAACGAUAAUAGGUAUCUUGAAUGUAAAGCCAUAGGUGAUCAUCUGGAGUUUGAAUUGUUCUAA